AGUUGCGCUCAAAGAGUGCUCGAGUUCGGAACGGAUUGCUUAAAUAUAUUACAAAAUAAAAGCCAUUGCUGCGUACACCAAUCACAGCAAACUUAAUUGCAUCUUAAUUUUGCUCGUUACGGGUAUUUGCGUUUUUUAAAUGUGUUCUUGAGCGGAUGCGUAUACCAGAAAAUUGGUGCCAAAAUAAAAAUAAACAAUUGUGUUGAAAUAUAUAAAAUACCAUAUUAUGUGCAUUGCGAGUGUAAAUUGAGUGCAUUCCUUCUCUCUCCAACUUGUUUUGAGUGAGAACAAGCGAAUUGCUGGAUAAUAAAGUUGUUUACUCGCAAUCGUCUCGCUGCCUAAGGCUGAGUCAGAACAAUCGGAAGUAGUCCAGAAGUAGUAUUCAGUCAUAAAGAACUUCUUAAAGCGUAUCUGCGCCCCAAUUUAAUGUGAUGCGUUGAGCAGCAGCAACUGUAGAGAUUUGAGAUUUAUGAAAAAAGGAAGUCAUUGCCAAAUUCAUGUUGCGACUAAGCUGGAUUGGAUUGGGACUGCUAGCAUUGCUGGCGAAUGCUCAGGACGAGAUCACGGCCAUUGAAGGACCCGAGGGACCCAAUGUCUGCAAAAAGCGUGAAAACUAUAAUGUGGAGGUUGUCAUCACGGAGCUGCAGUCGUUCCAAGAGCGCGGUUCCACUUGGUGCCUGAGCAUACCCCCUAGCUGCCCCACCUAUCGCAUUCGUCAUCGGGUCGUGAACAAAACACAAUCGCUGACCAAGGCGCGCAUUGUGCGCGACUGUUGUGAUGGUUACGUGCGCAGUGGCAGCGAGUGCAUCCCCCACUGCAGUGAGGCCUGCCAGCACGGCAGAUGCAUUGCACCCGAGAAGUGCAAGUGCACCGAAGGCUAUGGAGGACCCGCCUGCAACAUAAAUUGCUCGCCGGGUCUUUAUGGCAUCGACUGCAAGCUGAAGUGCGAUUGUUUGAACAACGCCAGCUGUGAACCUUUCACGGGCGAAUGCGAGUGCGCCAAGGGAUAUGCGGGUGAGAGAUGUGCCGAGAUCUGUCCACCCGGACAAUAUGGCGAGAAGUGUGCGGAGUUGUGUCGCUGCGAGAACGGCGGCAGCUGUGAUCACAUCUCCGGCAAGUGCUCCUGUGCACCCGGCUACACGGGUCCUUUAUGUGACAUGCGCUGCCCGGAUGGCAAGCAUGGCGCCCAAUGCGAGGAGGACUGUCGCUGCCAGAACGAUGGCAAAUGUGAUCCGCACAACGGCGCGUGCGAAUGCACCGCCGGCUGGACGGGCGACGUCUGCGCCAACAAAUGCCCCACGGGCAGUCAUGGACUCAAUUGCGAGCUAUCCUGCGAAUGCUACAAUGAUGCACCCUGCCAUCAUAUUACGGGACGCUGCGAGUGCCCACCCGGGUACAUGGGCGAGGUGUGCAUGGACGAGUGCCCGCUGAACACGUACGGACGCAACUGCACGGAGAGAUGCCACUGCGAGAACGAUGCGGCCUGCAGUCCCACUGGCAAGUGCGAGUGUGCGCUCGGCUGGCGGGGCGAGCGGUGCGAGGAGCGCAUCUGCGAACCGAACAAGUAUGGGGCGGACUGCAGCAAGACCUGCGAGUGCGACAUGGAGCACACGGAUCGGUGCCAGCCGGAGACGGGUCGUUGCGACUGCAGCAUCGGCUGGAGCAGUGCCCAGUGCACCCGGCCCUGUGCAUUCCUCAAGUACGGCCUGAACUGUGAGCAGAAUUGUGAUUGUCGCAACGGAGCCAAAUGUUCGCCUACCAAUGGCACCUGCAUCUGUGCGCCUGGGUUCCAGGGUGACAAGUGCGAGCAGAGCUGUCCGACGGGCACCUACGGCCAGGGUUGUGCCUUUCAGUGUGACUGUGAGAAUGGCGCCAAGUGUGCGCCGGAGACGGGUCAGUGCCUGUGUGCGCCCGGCUGGCGCAACAACAAAUGCGAUCGAUCCUGUGAUCUCAACAUGUAUGGAGAUGGCUGUCGGCACAUCUGCGAGUGCGAGAACAACGCCUCCUGCAAUCCAAUCAACGGGAACUGCACCUGUGCUGCCGGCUGGACUGGCAAGCGUUGUUCGCAGAAGUGUGAACCGAACAGCUUUGGAAACGACUGCAGUCAGCAGUGUCAGUGCGACAAGUACAACACCAUUGCCUGUGAGGCGACCACGGGUCGUUGCAUCUGCAAGCAGGGCUGGCGAGGCGUUCAUUGUGAGACGAACUGUCCCAGCGGUUACUAUGGUGAAAAUUGCGAUAAAGUUUGCAGAUGCCUGAACAACUCAUCGUGCGACUCCGAAUCGGGCGACUGCAUCUGUGCGCCCGGCUGGACCGGCGAGGACUGCUCCGAGCCCUGUUCCGAUGGCUUUUAUGGUAUGGAGUGCAAGGAGCGCUGUCCGGAGAGCCUUCACGGCAAUGCCACAUGUGACCAUAUAACGGGUGAGGUUUUGUGUCGACCCGGCUAUUUGGGGCGCACCUGCGAGCAUGCCUGCAAGCCGGGAAUGUAUGGACCCAACUGCCAGCUGAAGUGCAGCUGUGAGCAUGCCGGCGAGUGCAAUCAUGAGAACGGCCACUGCAUCUGCCUGCCCGGUUGGACGGGCGCCAAUUGCAAUCAGUCGUGUCCGCAGGACACCUACGGCCAGGGCUGCACGCAACGGUGUCGCUGCCAGCAUCAUCGCACCUGCCGCAAGAACGAUGGCCACUGCAUCUGUUUGCCCGGCUGGAUGGGUGAUCAGUGCAAUUACAUUUGCCCCGAGGGCUUCUAUGGCGAAUACUGUAUGAAUCCCUGCGCGUGUCCCUCCUCCAAUUUUCAGUGCCAUGCAGCCGAGGGUUGCGUCUGUCGCAGCGGCUACACCGGCGCCAAUUGCGACGAGCUAAUCGCUAUGCAGCGCAUUGCGGAGCACGUAGAAUCGAAUAAUGCGAGUGUUGCUUGGAGUAUGGCACUGCUGACGCUGUGCGCCGCCAUCAUUUGCGCUGUGUUCCUCUACUAUCGGCGGCGUGUGUCCAAUCUAAAGACAGAGAUCGCCCAUGUCCACUACACGCAUGAUACGAACGGAACAACCGCCUGGCCACCAGCCAAUCACAACUUUGAUAAUCCCGUCUAUGGCAUGCAGGCGGAAACGCGACUCUUGUCCAACCACCUGCGACCCAAGAUGAACAACUUCAACCAGAAUGGCUCGGUGUGCACCGAGUAUGGCGAUGAUUCGAAUGCCAGCAGCAGAGUGGGCAGCUAUUCGAUCAACUACAACCAUGAACUGCUGAACAAGAAUAUGAAUGCUGAUCUCACCAAUCCGAAUGUGUACAAUGCCAUUGGCGAUCCACUCAAGGAGGAGCAUGUCUACGAUGAGAUAAAGCAGAAGGAGGGCUACAAAGAUCCCGAUGAAUAUGAUCAUCUGGACUACUCAAGGCCGAGCACCUCGCAGAAGCCGCAUUAUCAUCGCAUGAACGACACAAUGCUAAAUAUCAACCAUGACGAGGAGAAGCCCAGCAAUGUGAAGAAUAGCAUGACGGUGCUGCUGGACAAGAAGCCGGCGCCACCAACGGAACCGGAGCCACAGCAUGAGAGUUUCGACAAUACCAAUUUGGAUAAUGCCUCAACAGUAUCGCCCAGCUCCAGUCCGGAGCUGCGGAAAUAAGCGACAUCCAAGAUCGUCAGUCGUCUACUCUUACAAUAGAUGAUAUUUUAAUGUGUCUGUAUUUUGUGUAAACGAUUUAGCAAUAUUUAUUAUUUAGAAUAUUCGUUGUAGAAUUUGUGUAGCAAUUGUGUCCUGUAAUUGUUAGCAUUUCUCAUGUGUACAACGCAUUUUUGCUCAACUAUUGUAAAUGUUUUUACUUCAGGGCCCUUUACAACCCAACUUGUUUCAAAAAGAUAUGGUCCCCUCUUUUGUAAAUGUUUCGUUCUAAAUUUUAAUCACGAUUUUGCUCAUCAGAUAUACACACACAAACAUAAGCAUGCAUGCAUCUUAUUGUCAAGCCAUGGCAUACAUAUAAAUAUAUAAGUACCUAAACACCUCUUCCUUUUGAGAAACGUAUUGUGCUGUUGUUUGAUUGUAUAAAAGAAUUGUUACCUUUAGUCAAUAAUUGCAAUAAUUUUAAAUACCACAGUGCAUGCAUAUUUCUAAAAAACGAACUACAUAUACAUACAUCUAUUCAUAUCAGAUAUUUUAGCAUAUGAUAUUUAUAUUUUAAUAAGCAAUACAUUUGUAUAACAAAAAAAAAAACAAAACAAUUAAAGUUGCCAAGAAUUGAAUGAAAAUAAGUCAAAUUUUAGUAGUAGUCGUAAAACAAUUGUAUUUUGAAUAACUCAAAAAGAAUUGGUCAACAUUUUAUAUAACAUCGACGUUUAGAACAAAUAUUUCCGUAACUUAUAUUAAUGGUAAUUUGUUUACGUAAAGAUUUGCCUUUGAAAGGCAAUAAUUCAAUAAACAAUGCAUUAUCGUGCCUAA